CUUGUAAUUGUUUAUUUGACUUGAUUUAUAGUCCGAAUAGCGAUGCGUUACCAUGAGAUGGGCAAUGCACCACCUUUGCUUAGUAUGCGCCACAGCACUGGACUUAACCCAAUUUAUCAGCGCCAUGCCUUCGACAUCCAGCCGAGCUUCUUUGAUAAGGAACCACGCAUAGAGGCUUCAACCUGGGCAGCGAACCGCCCUAGACGCCAGUCUUGAUUGACACCUGGCCCUGGUCUAGCUUAUCGCUGGCGGCUUCCCAAGCCCACACCCAGUCUAUAAAAUCCUCAGUUGUGAGUUCCUGGCCACAGUUAAGUUGUGUUCCGUGUAAAGAUGUUGGUGCUUAGCUGGCUUUGCUGGGGAAUGGCCCUUGGUUGGCUGGUGGGUGAGUUACACGGGGAACCGGAGGUGGAUUGGCUUUGUCUCCGUCGACUUCUCGGCUGACCGAGAUUUGAGCGCACACACAUCGCUUGGAGUUUGAUGAGUAAUUAAAGCGCUCCAGGCCAAUAAUUAAUUGCUGGGUCGUAACCGGUUUCGAGGAUUACAAAUGCGUCAGCCGCCUUAAUGAGCUUCGGGCUUGGAUCUGGAGCUGUAGCUCGCACCUGGAACUGGGACUGUUGGGGCCUUGGGCCAUGAUCGCUGAUCAGUUGGCAAUCGACGGUUAGCUGGUCAAGAUGUCCUCGAACGCGCUGGCCUGUAUCUGCAAUGUGAUUAAUCCGUGUCGAAACGAGGUGUCCACCACCUUUGUGGUGCUGCAGUGGCUCAUCACUGGUUUCGCAGCCCUCGCCCAGGUGGUCCGACCCGUGCUCCUGCUCUUUGGCAUUCGCGGAGAAGUGGCUCUGAAUCAGGAGGAUUACAACAAGACCUGGCUCUAUAUGCCUAAUGGAGAGGGUAAGCCGGAGGUGGCCUACCUGGUGGAACCGCCGCCGGAGAAUCGCAUCAAUCUGCCGCAGCUCAUUAAGUUUGAACUCUAUGGAAGCGAGUCCAGUUCCAGUGCCGAUUUCUGGAUAGACGACGACAACUUUGAGUUCCCGCAGCGUCACAAGCGAGAUACGUGGCAAGAGAUGGCUGAGAAGUUUAACCCGGAUCUGGACACCAAGAUCCUCGUUCACGGUUGGAAGUCGAGCACCAUGAGCAACUCCAUCCAAUCGAUUCGUGGUGCCUAUAUCGAACGGGGCCAGGUGAACGUGUUUGCCAUCAACUGGAAGGAUCAGGCGGAUAAUAUAUACUAUUUGACCCCGGCUCGGUACACGGUCCAAGUGGGCAGAGCUGUGGCCAAACUGAUCGAUCUGCUGGUGGAGGAGAAGGACGCGGAUCCCCAGAGGAUACACCUUAUUGGCCACAGUCUUGGCGCCCAUAUUAUGGGCUAUGCUGGCUCUUAUACAAAGUACAGGGUCAAUCGCAUCACUGGCCUUGAUCCGGCUCGUCCCGCCUUCGAGGACUGCAUUGGGCCAGAGAAUCACCUGGACGACACGGAUGCCAACUUCGUGGAUGUCAUACACAGUUGUGCCGGCUACCUGGGUUUCCGUCGACCGAUCGGAAUGGUGGAUUUCUAUCCCAAUGGCGGGGGUCCACCACAACCGGGCUGCAAGGAGCUGUCACAGAUUUUCACUGGUUGCAGUCACGGACGUUCCUAUGAAUAUUAUGCGGAAUCCAUCAACUCUCCCAAAGGCUUUUACGGCGUUCCCUGCUCUGGCUUGGAUGAACUCAAAGGCAAGAAUUGCACGGGAACUAAAAUCCUCAUGGGUGAUCCUGUUCCGCGGGAUGCUCGAGGUAUUUUCCUUGUGAAAACGGCCAACAAACCGAGCUAUGCCCUGGGCAUCGAUGAAAUCUGGAGUAACUAACCCAUCUCGAGCACUAUCACUUUAAAUAUCAAAAAAUUAUAUGUAUUAUUAAAUAUUAUUUACAACAAA